GAAAAUAAUAAUAAGCCAGAUAGAUUAGUUUAGGUGACAUGUUAUAGAGCCCCUAUGCGAUGGCAAAAGGGUGUUUUUUUUCUUCUGACUCAACUGUCGAUGCAAACAGUGAAAAUGCAAACAAAAGAAGAUUAAGAAGCCUCUGAACCUUUGUACAUAUUAUUUGUCUCAGAGUCCAUUGGCCACAGAGAGGCUUUAAGGUCGCUUGUUUUCCAGCUCGCAGCCAGAUUUCCUCUCCUGUUUGUUGGAACAACGUUAAAAUGUUUUUCACCUGGACUUUGCUGGCCCUGCUUUUUACUUUGAUAUUACUAUAUGGAAUAUCGCCAUAUCGGUUCUUCAAAAAGCUGGGGAUACCUGGACCGAGGCCGCUGCCUUUUAUUGGAACGAUGCUGGGCAUGAGGAAGGGAUUUCUUGCUUUUGACAGAGAGUGCCAUGCCAAAUAUGGGGACAUCUGGGGGUUGUACGAUGGACAAAUGCCGGUGUUAAUGGUAACCGACCCUGAGAUUGUUAAAACUGUUAUGGUGAAAGAGUGCUACUCUUUAUUUACCAACCGCAGGGAUACUGGUCUCUUCAGCGGACCUCUGGAUGAUGCAGUGGUAGCAGUGAAAGACGAAAGGUGGAAACGGAUUCGCAACACUCUGUCUCCAUGCUUCACCAGCGGCAGACUGAAACAGGUUUUUCCCCUCGUUGCCCGCUAUGCAGAACGACUUGUUGCAAAACUUGAGGAAACAAAUCUGGAUGAACCCAUCAAUGUUAAACAGUUUGUGGCUCCUUACAGUUUAGACACUGUGACCAGUGCUUCUUUCAGUGUGGAGAUAGACUCCAUAAACAAUCCAAACGACCCUAUUAAUGUUCAAAUUAUGAAGGUCCUUAAAGUCAACAUUGGGCUUUUCUUUUUGCUAGUGGCAUUUCCCCUCGGUCGUCGUCUGUUAAAGCAGCUCAAAAUUGAGAUCAUCCCCAAAGAAAACAUGAACUUUUUCCUCAACAUCAUCAAGCGAUUUAAAGAUGAGCAUCGUGAAGACAAAUCUACACGACCAGACUUCCUGCAUGUGUUGAUUCAGAGUGAGAUCCCAGAAAAGAACUAUAAGAACAAUGAAGAACAGCCAAGUAAAGGUUUGACUGAACAUGAGAUACUUUCCCAGGCCUUCGUCUUCAUCCUUGGAGGCUACGACACCACUAGUAACACUGUUACUAACAUCCUUUAUAAUCUGGCUACAAACCCUGAUGUGUUGCAGACCUUACACAAAGAAAUCGAUGAUAACCUGAAGGAAGAUGCGCCCAUUUCAUACGAGGAGCUGACCGGUCUACAGUACCUGGACCAAGUUAUACUUGAAUCGAUGCGAUUGAUUCCCGUUGUCCCUCGCCUCGACAGGGUGUGCAAAAAAACUGUUAAAGUGAAUGGCCUCACCAUCCCUGAGGGAACCGUGGUUGGAAUUCCUAUGUGGUUGUUGCACAAAGACCCACGCUACUGGAACUCACCUGAGCUUUUCAGACCAGAGAGGUUUAGUAAAGACAGCGGGGAGGAGGUGAACCCAUACGUGUACAUGCCAUUUGGACUCGGCCCUCGUAACUGUGUUGGGAGGCGCUACGGCCUACUCACCACGAAGAUGGUUAUUGUCUGUCUCUUGCAGAAGUACACUUUGGAAACAUGCAAAGAGACCAUGAUUCCACUUCAGAUUGACUGGAAGUUUGAACCUGUUCAGCCUGUAAAACUCAAGUUUGUUCCCAGAAAAGAGUAAUCUAAGAGGGAACGUCUCCAAAUCCCAUCAAACAUGUUUUUAUAUCUGCUGCCAAGAUAACGUUCACUGAGUUGAUAUUUUCAGCUACUUUAAAAUGUUAUUUGAAUCAGAGCAGGGUAAACAUCUGAUUUUUGUUUUUUUGCUGUGUUGAUCUCUUUUAAUUACUUUUAUUUAAAUUGUGUUGAAAAUUUGAUCUAUUUUGUGUCCAAAAGCUACACCAGUCGGUGUCUUAAAUGGACCUUACACUCAAGAGAUUUUGACUUUAACGUCUAUACAUUUUUAAAUUAUAAUUGCAUUUAUUAAAUCAUAAGGCUACUGCUUGUGCGAUACACCUCUCACUGAUGACUGUAGUUUUAUUAUUGGUGGUAUCUGUUAGGUUUUUGUAUUGUUGAUUGUCAUUUAUGCUUAGAAGUAUAUAAUCAUUUGUAGAUUGAAAGAAUGUCUCAUCCUAGGAGGUCUA